UCAGCUACUGCGCGAGCUUGUCAGAGCUUUGGCUUCUGAAGCUUCAGUUUUCAGUCGUGCAUGCGAGGGCCAGGUUAGAAUGGAGUCCCGUGGAAAUGUGUUGUUUGUGUUCGCGCUGCUAAUGUUAACGACAUUGGUUUCUGCGCGAGCUGUGAACAUUAGCAACACGUGGAUGCUUCCAGAGGAAGGUUUUCCGGUAUUUUAUCGUUAUUUCCGGGAUCGCAUAUCUUGGUACGAAGCCGACGCCGUAUGCCAGUUUCAUCACUCCAAUCUGGUUACCGCUGACAGUACAUCGCAAUACGAUGCCAUACGAGCGUAUCUCAAAGAAUUAGACAUUAACGAGAAUGUAUGGAUUGGACUGUCUAAGACCACAGGGCGACCAAAUUUCACCUGGACAAAUUUUCGUCCUUUGUCCGGUGAGGGUCACUGGCAGCAACAGCUACCCAAAAGUGACGAUUCUCUUUGUACUGCCAUGGAUCCAGUCGCAGAUUUCCUGUGGAAACCGAUGAACUGUGGAGGACCCGAAAUAGCGUCCUUUAUUUGUGAAUUACCCGUUCCAUCGUGGGCUAUGGGUCCCAAAGGAUGUCUUUUGACAGAACUACCGUCUUUAACAGUUUUAUACAUUCCGGAACAGUCGGCACUUGAACUCACUUCAGACUGUGGUCUUGACGGCACAAAAAGAAUUGCGUGCAAAGGAAACGCGGACCGCGAAGACAUCCUAAAACAACUGUCGUGCUCGAUAUCCCCCGAAGAUUUCGAGGAUAAGCCGACAAAAAAUCCAAUUUUGCCCAACAUAACAUCAAGCAGCGUAUCUGAAACAUCCGAGGAUGUUGUCUCUAGUAAAACGACAAAACCGUGGACUUCGAAUACCAUCGACAUCGAUUAUGGAAUGCCGACACGUCAUCGCAGAGAAACCGAAGACACACUGAGUCCUGUUUCCACCAAAAGUACGACUGAUUUAUCCAAUCAAGAAGCGCACAAACAAGAAAUCAUUACGAUGUCUAGUCAGAGCCUCGAAACUGAAACAACCAGUAGCAAUCCUGAUGGAGAUGUGACUCUAGACGCGAGUGUAUCUUUGAAAUCCGACAAAUCCACAGAGCUUAAAACGACACAAGUAACCGAUUUAACCACUCAGGACAUUAAUGCUCAGACUGUUACUGCUGAACCGAAAACAGCGAAUCCAGAAAGUGGAGAUGUGGGCGAGUAUCCUGCUGCUAUUAAUCAAGGACAGCUUUUCAGUAUUAUCGAAAACGGAACAAUGUUCGAUAUUCUGGAAGUCAACGAUACGUCUGAGGACGUGAAGUUUGCCAAAGAAAUAGUGAUGGAGACACCACAGCUAGAAACUGGAACGUCUUUGAAAUAUAAUAGCGAAAAUAGUGAGAAUUUUUACACGACGGUGGUUUACCACAAAGAGCCCCCGUCCGAGGCCAGCUUUGUCACAAACAAAUCAGUUAAAAAACCCGAUAAACAUUCGAAAAAAGACAUGUUGAAGGAAAAAGAUCCGAAAAAGGCAAACCACGAUAAUAAAUAUCUCCCGAAAAAUUUGAAUACGUUGGAAGACACCACAGAAAACGAAAAAACUCUCUUAAAAGAAGUGGAAAUGUUCCCGCUCCUGACGGACCCCCUGACGAAACUUAACCGAACUUACAGGAAAGACAUCCCGGUUAAAGCCGACAAACACCACCACGUCGAAGUCGCGUGGGGCGAGAAAGAAAACACGAAGAAAUUGUUUAUCACCACUAAACGAACCGAGGCCUUACAGACCUCAACACCAUCCGCGAAAGAAAACUUGGAACUUCUCAACAGCAGCGAAGAGGAAGUUAUGCACAAGAUUGACUCAAAAAUAGAUCUACUCAACAACAACUCCGCGAUAAACAACGAGAGUGAAACUGUAACACUCCCCAAGCCGGAAAAAGCAAUUGAAGAUUCCGAUUUGAUGAAAAAGCAGUUUUUGCCGAAAUCGCUUUUUGGUGAAACCAAACCGGGCACAGAAACCGCAACGAGUGAGCCCUUGGAGCCUGAACCUCAGGCUCAGCCGAGGCCCAAUCGCCAAAGACAGCUCACCCGGCCACAAAGAAGGUCGUUUUAUCCGUAUUUUUUCAGUAGGGUUUUAGGUUGAGUUUAGUAUGUUAAAAAAAGAGCGUGAUUUUUGAAAGCACUUUAAUGGUUGUUAUUUAAGAUUGUUAAAGUCGAGUGUUAAAUCGGAAAAAAUGUUUAGUUGCACUGAAAUUGUUCGAUCGUGUUGCAUUCGCUACAACGAUAACUGUUUAUUACUGUUACUUUUUUAAUUCUUAUCAUAGAUUGUAGUUUAAAAACAAAUAUUUUUGUUGUUGUAAUAAUAGUUCUUUGUUCUUUAGUUGUAAAAAUAAGUAUAGCAUAGGACUGUUUUUAUAGGACUAGCGUUUUGUGGAAUGAAUAAGUUUUACAACACUUUUGGUAAAAAGCUGUACAAGCUAUGCACCGUCCUGCUUCCCGUCCUACGCCCCCAAACAUGCUGAUAAACGAAACACAUUGUCACUGCUUUAAAAGCAAAAUAUUUUGCACACGAUGUAAAAACAUUUCAAUGUACAUAAUUAUGUAGUUUAAUUGUGUUAAUAAAAAAAAUCGUGAUAAAA